UAUUAUUAUUUUGCUCCCACAACAACAAAGCCUCUUGCUUUACCUUUCCUUUCCUUUCCUCUCCUCUCCUCUUCGAAAUUAUACUCCUCCUUCUCUCCACCAAAGAAAUUCUAUCUUUCCUCCUCUUUUAUUUUCUAACAAUUCUCAAACUUUUCUUGAAAUCCUCACACACACUCAGAACUCUGUCUGUUCAGUAUCAUCAUCUAGUGUCCACUUGAGCUUGGCUAGUCAGAAAAAUCCAUUGCUAGCAAAUAAACAAAUAUUCUUUCAUCUUGGUAUUUGUGAAGUACUUUUUUUUUUCUUUUACUUGCCACACUGAAUUAUGCAACUAGUGUUUUUGGUUAACACAUGAUUUAGAGGGUAAGAAACUUUAAGCCAUGAAGUUCAUGAAACUUGGAUCUCGUCCAGAUACUUUCUACACUUCUGAGUCCAUAAGGUCAAUCUCUUCUGAAGUUUCUAGUGACCUCAUAAUUCAAGUAAGGGAAAGUAGAUAUCUUCUUCACAAGUUUCCUUUGUUGUCAAAAUGCUUAUGCCUGCAAAGAUUAUGCUCAGAAUCACCUCCAGAUUCAUCUCAUCACCAAAUAGUUCAGCUUCCUGAUUUUCCUGGUGGAGUUGAAGCAUUUGAGAUGUGUGCUAAGUUCUGCUAUGGAAUCACCAUUACUCUAAGUCCUUACAACAUUGUAGCUGCAAGAUGUGCUGCUGAGUAUCUCCAAAUGACUGAGGAAGUUGAGAAAGGAAACUUGAUUCACAAGCUUGAAGUUUUCUUCAAUUCUUGCAUCCUCCACGGAUGGAAGGAUACCAUUGUGAGUCUUCAGACCACAAAAGCGCUGCAUUUGUGGUCUGAAGACUUGGGAAUUACGAGCAGAUGCAUUGAAAUUAUUGCGUCGAAAGUGUUGAGGCACCCUACGAAGGUGAGUUUGUCGCAUAGUCAUUCUAGAAGAGUUCGAGAUGAUAUAUCUUGCAAUGAUACAGAAAGUUUGAGAACCAAAUCAGGAAGCAAAGGGUGGUGGGCUGAAGAUUUAGCAGAACUUAGCAUAGAUCUUUAUUGGAGAGCAAUGAUAGCAAUCAAAUCUGGUGGCAAGGUUCCUUCAAAUUUCAUCGGCGAUGCGUUGAAAAUUUAUGCAUCUAGAUGGUUACCAAAUAUUUCCAAGAACGGAAAUAGAAAGAAGAAUGUUUCGCAGGCUGAGUCUGAUUCAGACUCAGCCAGCGAAAAGACUUCAAAGCAUAGACUGCUCUUGGAGUCAAUAGUAAGCUUGCUACCAACCGAAAAAGGCGCUGUUUCUUGUAGCUUUCUUUUGAAACUCUUGAAAGCUUCCAAUAUUCUCAAUUCUUCUUCAUCUUCAAAGAUGGAAUUAGCAAGAAGGGUAGGACUUCAAUUGGAGGAAGCCACAGUGAAUGAUCUAUUAAUACCUACACUUUCUUAUACAAAUGAUACUGUCUAUGAUGUCGAGUUGGUGAUGACUAUAUUGGAACAGUUCAUGUUACAAGGACAAAGUCCACCAACAAGUCCUCCAAGGUCCUUGAAGACCUUUGAAAGGAGACGGUCUCGAUCGGCCGAGAAUAUUAACUUUGAAUUACAAGAGAGUAGGAGAUCCUCUUCAGCUUCUCACAGCUCAAAAUUGAAAGUGGCAAAGCUUGUUGAUAGAUACCUUCAAGAAGUCGCAAGAGAUGCGAAUUUUUCAUUGUCUAAAUUCAUCGCUCUUGCCGAUAUUAUACCAGAAUUCGCAAGACACGAUCAUGAUGAUCUCUACAGAGCCAUCGACAUUUAUCUCAAGGCUCAUCCAGAACUCAACAAGAGUGAAAGGAAAAGAUUAUGCAGAAUCCUCGACUGCAAAAAACUAUCAAUGGAAGCAUGCAUGCAUGCAGCACAAAACGAGUUACUCCCUUUAAGAGUUGUUGUGCAAGUUCUCUUCUUCGAACAAGCUAGAGCAGCAGCAUCAGGUGGCAAAGUAACCGAAUUACAAACCAAUAUCAAAGCAUUGCUUACAACACACGGUAUCGAUCCAUCAAAACACACAGCAGCACAGUUAAGCACUACAACAAGCAUUCAAGGUGAGGAUAAUUGGAGUGUCCCCGGCUUCAAGUCACCGAAACUAAGGUCGACAACUCUAAGAAUGAAACUAGCCGAAGAUCAUGACGAGUUCACCGAAAAUGGUCUGGUGAAUGACGGUGGAAUCGGAAGAAACUCUAGAUUGAAGUCUAUUUGUGCUCUUCCUACACAACCAAAAAAAAUGCUUAGAAAACUAUGGUCUACCAAGUGAAUGAGUUUUGAGUUAUGUCAGUUUUUUUUAGGAGAAUCCAAGAAUCUCUUAAUGUAUGUGCAUUGUUGAUGUAACCUAUAACAAUAAUAAUAAUAAUAAUAAUUUUGAAGCAAAAUCUCUUUGGUAAUAAUAAUUUCUUCUCAUGAAAAGUUGAUAUAGGAAUAGGAAUCUUAGGUGUCAGUGACAAACAAUGGGGCCAAUGGUUCUGUGUUUGUCUACAAAUCUGCAACACUCAUGUCUUGACAAAAAAAUUCGUAUUUUCAUGUGUCUGUGACAUAUAAUUCAAUACUGUAAUAGUAUCUGAUUACAUUUGUCUUAUAUAUUUGUAUCUAUAGACCUUAAGGAAUUAGUAUUAACCUAUUAUUAACUUUUUGAA